AUGACGAAGUUAUCCGGUUAUCACAUAAUGGUCGUCUCAAAGUACUUUGUUGGUAUUAAAGACUUCAUUAACACAGAGUUAGUUUGCAAAAAGUUAACUGGUAACAUGGAAAAGUUUCACUUUAACCCAAUUCCGUUGACUGUUAAAACAGUUGGAUACUUUCCAAACAUUGAAACACUUUAUUUAUGGAACAAAAAUGACGAGAACUUUGGUAAUGGAUUUUAUGUUGGCAUAAAUUUCAAUGAAGAUUUUGAAGACGAUGAAACAUAUGAAGAUAUUAACAAAAAUAGAAAAACUGUUUUACCAAAAAUGUUUUAUAAAAUCGUUGUGUGGUUCAAUGUUGAUUUUGGAACUGUUGACAAAAACAAAAGUCGAAACAUCGAGUUCAAAAAAGUGACUUACACGAGAAACAACAGAAUAAAAUUUGGUAAUGACAUACCACCAAUGGUGACAAAUAUUAGUGACAAUAGUUAUAACAAAUGCAGCAGUUUAAGUAGUAUUACAAUACCAUCGAGUGUAACGUCAAUUGGUAAUAAGUGUUUCUUUGGAUGCAGUAAUUUGGAAACUAUUAUAAUACCAUCAAGUGUGACAUCAAUUGGCGAUAGUUGUUUUUAUGAAUGUAGCAGUUUAAGUACAAUGACAAUACCAUCAAGUGUUACAUCUAUUGGAAAUUAUUGUUUUAGUCGUUGUGGAAGUCUGAGAAGUGUGGUAAUACCAUCAACACUGACAUCACUUGGUAAAGAAUGUUUGUUUGGAUGCACAAGUUUAAGCAGUGUUACAAUACCAUCAACUUUAAGACUUAUUAGUAAUAAAUGUUUCUUUGAAUGCGGCAAAAUAAGCAGUAUCUUAAUACCAUCGAGUGUUUUAUCAAUUGGUGAUGAUUGUUUCGGUGGAUGUAGCAGUCUGAACGCAGUAGUAAUACCGCCAAAUGUGACAUCAAUUGGUUAUAAUUGUUUCCGUGGAUGCAUAAGUUUAAGCAGUGUUACAAUACCAUCAAACGUGUCUUUGCUUGAUUACAGUAGUUUUUUUAAAUGCAGCAAUUUAAGCAAUGUGGUAAUACCAUCAAGUGUGACAUCACUUGGUGAUAGUUGUUUCAGUGAAUGUAAAAGUCUUAGUGGUGUUACAAUACCAAUAAGUGUGUCCUCACUUGGUAAUAAUUGUUUCGGUGCGUGCAUUAGUCUAAGUACUGUUAUAAUACCAUCCAGUGUGACUUCAAUCGGUGAUAGCUGUUUCUGUGGAUGCAAAGGUUUGAAAAGUGUUACAAUACCAGCAACUGUUACGUCAAUUUGUCAUCAGUGUUUCCGUGAAUGCAGUAAUCUCAGCAGUGUUACAAUACCAUCAAGUGUGAAAGCAUUAAAUAAUUGGUGUUUCUAUAAAUGUAGCGGUAUUAAAAACAUUAUAAUCCCAUCAAGUGUGACAUCAAUUGGUGACUGUUGUUUUUUUAAAUGCAGCAGUUUAAGUAAUGUGAUGAUACCAUCUGGUGUGACAUCCAUUGGUGAUCAAUGUUUCUAUGGAUGCAGCAAAUUAAGCAGUCUUAUAAUACCAUCGAGUGUGUCAUCAACAAGUGAGAAUUGUUUUCCAUCAAACACUAUCAUUUAUCGCGAAUAA